AUGGUGCACUGUGCGGGCUGCAAAAGGCCCAUCCUGGACCGUUUCCUCUUGAACGUGCUGGACAGGGCCUGGCACGUCAAGUGCGUCCAGUGCUGUGAAUGUAAAUGCAACCUGACCGAGAAAUGCUUCUCCCGGGAAGGCAAGCUCUACUGUAAAAACGACUUCUUCCGAUGUUUCGGUACCAAAUGCGCGGGUUGUGCGCAGGGCAUCUCUCCAAGCGAUCUGGUUCGCAGAGCGCGAAGCAAAGUGUUUCACCUCAACUGCUUCACCUGCAUGAUGUGUAACAAGCAGCUUUCCACCGGCGAGGAGCUCUACAUCAUCGACGAGAACAAGUUCGUGUGUAAAGAGGAUUACCUGAGUAACAGCAGUGUCGCCAAAGAGAACAGCCUCCACUCGGCCACCACAGGCAGUGACCCUAGUUUAUCUCCGGAUUCCCAAGAUCCAUCGCAGGAUGAUGCCAAGGACUCUGAAAGUGCCAACGUAUCGGAUAAGGAAGGUGGUAGCAAUGAGAAUGAUGACCAGAACCUUGGUGCCAAGCGCAGGGGACCCCGGACCACAAUCAAAGCCAAGCAACUGGAGACGUUGAAGGCAGCCUUUGCAGCUACACCCAAGCCCACGCGCCACAUCCGUGAGCAAUUGGCCCAGGAGACUGGCCUCAACAUGCGUGUUAUCCAGGUCUGGUUCCAGAAUCGACGCUCCAAGGAGCGGAGGAUGAAGCAGCUAAGCGCGCUGGGCGCGCGGCGCCACGCCUUUUUCCGCAGUCCUCGCCGGAUGCGGCCGCUGGUGGACCGCCUGGAGCCCGGCGAACUCAUCCCCAACGGCCCCUUCUCCUUUUACGGAGAUUACCAGAGUGAGUACUACGGUCCCGGAGGAAACUAUGACUUUUUCCCACAAGGACCGCCAUCCUCGCAGGCCCAGACACCAGUGGACCUACCCUUUGUGCCAUCAUCUGGGCCUUCGGGAACGCCCCUUGGAGGUCUGGACCACCCGCUGCCUGGUCACCACCCUUCCAGCGAGGCGCAGCGAUUCACUGACAUCCUGGCACAUCCCCCAGGGGACUCGCCUAGUCCUGAGCCCAGCUUGCCUGGGCCUCUCCACUCCAUGUCAGCGGAAGUCUUCGGUCCCAGUCCACCUUUCUCAUCUCUGUCAGUCAAUGGUGGAGCCAGCUACGGGAACCACUUGUCACACCCUCCUGAAAUGAACGAGGCAGCCGUGUGGUAG